UUUUGAAAGUUAAUAUUGAAAUACGACAGCCCGUAUGGUAAGUGGUAAAUAACAUCAUUCAUAAAAGAGAAAGACACCGGUGAUUGUGGUCUUGCCGACACGGCGACACUGGAGACGACAUCAUCACCGACUUCAUCUCGCUGUCGACUAUUUUUGUAACGUUACAUUCCUAGAAACAAGACCAUAAGAUGGCUCGCAAUGAGGAGAAAGCGCAGUCAAUGCUAAACAGAUUCAUUACGCUCAAAGCUGAAGAGAAAAAGAAACCAAAAGAGCGUCGUCCCUUCCUUGCCUCUGAAUGUCGUGACCUUGCCGAGGCCGAUAAGUGGCGCCAGCAAAUUAUGCGUGAGAUUGGCCGCAAAGUUGCUGAAAUCCAAAAUGAAGGGCUUGGAGAGCACCGCCUCCGUGACCUCAAUGACGAGAUCAAUAAACUCAUCCGGGAAAAAUCCCAUUGGGAACGGCGCAUUGUUGAGCUCGGUGGGCCCAAUUAUGCCAAACAUGCCCCUAAAAUGACGGACCUAGAAGGAAACAUAGUGGAUGUUCCCAACCCUAGUGGGCGUGGGCCAGGAUACCGAUACUUUGGUGCUGCAAAGAAGUUGCCAGGAGUGAGAGAGCUGUUUGAGAAGCCUCCGGAAUUACGAAAAAGGAGGACUCGAUAUGAUAUAUAUAAGAGGAUUGAUGCAAGUUAUUAUGGGUAUAGGGAUGAUGAGGAUGGGGUGCUGGAGAGGGUGGAGGGGCCUGCAGAGGAGAAGAUGAGGGCAGAGGCACUGGAGGAGUGGAGGAGAGUGGAAGAGGUGAGGAGGGAGGCGAAGAAGGCAGUAAAGAGUGGGGAGGUGGUGAGUGUGGUGAAGGAGGUGUUGUUUGAGGGGAUGGAGGAGGAAGUGGAGGAGGAGGAGAAGAGGAAAAGGGAGAAGCUGGAGAAGGAGGAGAUGGAAAGGGAGGGGAGGAGGGAGUUUGUGGCUCAUGUGCCAUUGCCGGAUGACAAGGAAAUAGAGAGGAUGGUGUUGGAGAAAAAGAAGAUUGAGCUGUUGAGUAAGUAUGUGAGUGAUGGUUUGUUGGAGGAGCAGACUGAGGCUAAGGCAAUGCUUAAUAUUCAGCGGUAGAUGUGAUGUGACUUGGAAUUUGUUGCUCCUAGAAUUAGAUUGUUGUUGUUUCUAGAAUUAGAUUGGAUGAAAGAGUUUCUGGUGUUAUGACUGUUAAGCUAAUAGAUGGAAUUAGUUGCUGUAAUUUCUUUUUAAUUAAGAUAGUAUUAGGCAUCAUUGUUCAACAGUUACAUUGUUAUUGGCUUUUGAUGUUGGUCAUGUUAAUGAUGUAACUCGACAACUGUACAUUUAAGGGUUUUCAAAUGGGAAUUGUUAUUUUAAUCUUUA